AUUUUAGAAGCUAAUUAUUUUUCUUUUUAUUUUUUUAUAUAUGUUGGUGUAGGUUUAUAUCGUGUAUAUGGGCGCACUACCAAAGGAUUAUGAAUAUUCGGAAAAUGAAAUGUAUGUGGAAUCGCGCCAUCAUAACAUUUUAGAAGAAGUUCUUGAGGGCAGCAGCUCAACAAAAGAAUCCAUAGUCUACAGCUACAAAAAGAGUUUCAAUGGAUUUGCAGCGUGGCUGACCGAGCAGGAGCAACAAAAGCUAGCUGGCAUGGAAGGUAUAGUAUCAGUGUUUCCAAGCAAAACUCACAAGCUUCACACCACAAGAUCAUGGAAUUUCUUGAGCCUCACGGAAACAGUGGACAGACGGCCAGACGUUGAGAGCGACAUCAUCAUUGGUAUGCUAGACAGUGGAAUCUGGCCUGAAUCAAAGAGCUUCAACGAUAAAGGAUUGGGGCCCCCGCCAAACAAAUGGAAGGGAUUUUGCCAAAACAUCUAUUGCAACAAUAAGAUCAUUGGUGCUCGCUCCUACAAUUACCAAAAAAAUUACCCCGAUUGGGAAGACCCUUCGCCGCGUGACACAUUAGGACAUGGGACCCACACCUCAUCAACGGCUGCCGGAAGUGAAGUGAGGAACGCCAACUUCUUUCAUUUGGCACAAGGAACCGCCCGCGGCGCAGUUCCAUCUGCGAGGCUUGCAGUAUACAAAGUGUGCUGGGGUGAUGGGUGUGCAGAUGCAGACAUCUUGGCUGCAUUUGAUGAUAUGAUCCACGACGGUGUGGACCUCGUAUCGGUAUCGCUUGGGGGGACCGGUGCCUUUACUUAUUUUGAAGACAGUUUGGCCAUUGGCUCGUUCCAUGCCAUGAAGAAUGGGAUCUUUGUGUCUAUGUCCGCCGGGAAUAGCGGGCCCUAUAGCUUUACUGCAUCCAACGUUGCACCCUGGAUUUUGACUGUAGCGGCUAGCUCCAUCGAUCGACGCUUCACAACGAAUCUGACGCUUGGCAAUCACAGGUCCUUUGUGGGAGUUUCUGUCAACACUUUCGCCACCGAAAAUAAGUUCACUCCCUUCAUAUUUGGAGCCAAUGCGGCGAAUUCAUCCGAUCCCACUACUGUAGAGGGUGCAGAUUUAUGUUUUCGCCACACUUUGGAUCCCAAGAAAGUGAAAGGAAAGAUUGUUUACUGCAACACUGAUGUGAUGAAAGGCGAGGGGCCAUAUGAAGCUGGGGCCCACGGAUCUGUUAUGAUAGCAGACGGUGAAACUGAUAAUGCGUUCUCUUAUGUUCUACCGUAUCUUGUACUCACCAAGGAUGCAGGAAUAGAGGUUUCUAAGUACCUGAACAUGACCAGAAAUCCAGUGGCUAGGAUUCACAAAAGCCAAGCAGUCUUUGAUCAAAAGGCUCCCCAAGUCGCUUCAUUCUCUUCCAGAGGACCCAACAUCGUCACACCGGAAAUUAUUAAGCCAGAUAUAACUGCUCCCGGGGUCGAUAUCUUGGCUGCAUGGUCACCAAAAGGCUCAAUUUCGGGGUACGAGGGUGAUACACGACAAUCGAAGUAUAACAUCAUUUCCGGCACAUCCAUGUCUUGCCCUCACGCAACCGGUGCAGCCGCCUACAUCAAAUCAUUUCACCCGUCAUGGUCUCCGGCGGCCAUUAAGUCAGCUCUUAUGACAACAGCUUUUCCAAUGGAUUACUCCGGCAGUCAAGAUCACGAAUUCAGUUACGGUGCGGGCCAUAUCAAUCCCAUGAGCGCCGUAAAUCCCGGUCUAGUGUACGAUGCCACUGAAGCUGACUACAUUCAAAUGCUAUGCAACCAAGGCUACGAUGCAAUGCACCUUAAGCUCAUAACAGGAGUUAACACCAGCUGCCCCAAUGCCACUCUUGGAUCUCCCAGUGAUCUCAACUAUCCAUCGUUGGCUUCUCCGAUCGUGGAACCGACGUAUUUCACAAAGAUAUUCCCACGGACAGUCACAAACGUUGGCCCGCCAAAUUCCGAGUAUAAUGUAACAAUCAAAUCUCACCCUCGAGUGAACAUCACCGUCGAACCCAGCGUUCUACAGUUCAAGUCAGCCUGUGAGAAGCUCAGCUUUACCGUGACGGUGACGGUCAGCGAGCCUUUGGAUAAUUUCAAUAUCGCCCCUUCUUCGCUAGUGUGGUCUGACGGGAGACAUGAAGUUAGAAGUCCCAUAGUUGUGUAUUCAGACUAUAAGUCUUCGUCAGAUGUGAAACAAACAGUAAAAAGAUCCAUAGUUGUGCAUUCGUCUCCUUGAAAAUGCUAGAUAGUGGUAGUGGUAGAAAGUAAAGAGAAUAGUUCAUUUGAGUUGUCCAAUU